AUGGAUGAUAAUAAACUAUUACAGAAAUUAUCUCAAAAUUUGCUUGAAAUUUUGAAUGAUGACGAAUAUUGUGAUAUUACUAUUGAGGUUGGAGAUGACCCUUACGUAAAAGUAUUCCGAGCUCAUAUGAACAUUUUAAACUAUCGUUCUUCUUAUUUACGAAGAGUUUUAUCAACUAUUGAAAGGAGAAAUGAUGAACCUUUGAUACACAUUAAAUUACCAAAUAUUAUUUUACCGGAAAUUUUUCAAAUAAUUUUAAGAUAUAUUUAUGGGGGAAGAUUAUCUUUGGAAGAAUAUGAUGCUUUAGAUAUCAUCAAAAUUUUGGUUGCCGCCAGUGAAUUAAGUCUUCAAGAAUUGGUCGAUUAUAUACAAUCCUUUUUGACCAAAAAUAAAGCGGAUUGGAUGGAACAGAAUUUUAAUUUGAUAUAUCAAACAAGUUUUGAAAAAGGUUCUUUCUUGGAACUUCAAAAAUAUUGUACUAAUUUAAUAUCUAACAAUCCAAAUAAGAUAUUUAAAUCAUUAGAUUUUUCUACAACUCCUGAAAAACUUUUGAUUUUAAUUAUUCAAAAUGAUAAUCUUCAAAUGACUGAAAUUCAAGUAUGGGAGAAUGUUCUUAAAUGGGGCUUUGCACAAAAUCCUGGCUUUCCUUCAGAUCCUUCCAAUUUUUCAAAAGAUGAUUUUACUUCUUUAAAGAAUACUUUACAUCAAUGUAUUCCUUUUGUUAGAUUUUAUAAUUUAACUUCUAAAGAAUUUUUUUAUAAUGUAGUACCUUAUAAAAAAAUUUUACCAAAGGAAUUAUAUAUGGAUUUAUUAAAAACCUUUUUGGAUCCUGAUAGCAAGCCAAUUGAUAAGCCAAAACCUCGUAAAGGAACUAACAAUAGUUCAGAAACAUCAUCAUCGAAAUAUCAGGUAUUGAUUAAAUUUUAA